AUGCAUCAUUAGGGCAGACAAACCACUUUCCCACACAUUUGCAUGCACCAAACACAUGCAGAUACACAUACCUCAUCCUCUUCAAUCGGAGCCCCCACUGCCUAAUCACUGCUUAAUCGUCUCUCUUGUUCGAACCAUAAGCAGUUGCACUUUCAAGAACCUAUUUUUAAAUUCGUGGAGCUCUGAGGAUAUGGAUUGUUUGAAGAAUCUGACAGUAUUUACUUUCG